GUGGGGAGAUUGUCAAAGUGCAAGGAUCAGGCAGUAUCUGUAGAAACGGUGGUCAAACCUGCUAUUGACUCUGAUGUUGUGGAAAAACUGAAGCGUGAACAAGAGGAGGCAAGAAUGAUUGUCGAUCGGCGCUUUGCUAUGAUGGAAGAGAAGAUCGCUGCUCUUCUCAAAAGUAUGGAGGAAGAUGAAGCUGCGGCGGAAUUGUGGAAAGCCGAGGCACAUCGUCCGGGCAAUAAGCGUGGAAGCGUCGCUAUUAAUACUCCGACGACGCAGGCUAGAGUCCGAUCUAGGUGUACUCCCGGUGGAGGGUCUAUGACAAACGGUGUUAACUUAUCAAGGACUGAGAUUAGGUCUGAUCCAAUUAUUAAAGGGAUUGUCGAGAGACAUCAGAUGGAGAUCAAUGCUUUGAAGGAAUUGCGUUUGAAAGAUGCUGGGGGCCGUAUUGAUGCAGAGAAGGAAGUUGAGAGACUCAAAGAAGCUAUGGCACGUUUGGAGAUGGAAAGACAUCAAAAAGGGACUAAUCUGAACAGUCGGUUGGACGAGGUUGCAAGACCUUCUAUCUAUAAGCCUCCAUGUCCAUCUACGAGGAAGAAGGGGGAUCUUACCCCUGAGAUCGUGAUUAACGACCAGAAUGCCUUCGUGCAACAGGAAAGGAAGAACCUAAGAAAGAAGAACAAGGAAGAGAUUCUGGCAAUUUGCAGAGAUGAGGGUGUGUCCUACACUACCUUGGAUCCUACCAAGGAGGAGAUCGUUCGGCGAAGGGCGGAUAAAAUGUUUGACGUCGGAGCAGCUAACAAAGAGAAAGGUAAGCCGGCGACAUCGUUUCCGUUUCGACCACCUGUCAGUGAAGGAGAGGGAGGAGUCACAAUGGCGUACGGUCGGCAGGUCGUGAUCUUGAUGGUUAUUGCUACGCUGGCGCUGGCUUUCAAUGCCAAGCCGGCUGAGGGCUGUGUCGGGUAUGUGGGCGGCGACUGCUUCCCGUUCUUCGGGCCCAACGCAUGCUGCAACUGCGACGCCGGCGGAUACGCACUCUAUUGCGAGCCAUACACCUCCGGGCAGGGAGCGUUCAAAUGCCAACACGUGGCCUUCGACAGCCGGUGUGUCACCGAAGCUGACGUGGCUCUCAUCCGCACCCAGUCGGGGAGUGAGCGCAAGCUCAUGUUCUAGGCAAUGCCAGUCCUCAUGCUACGAGCUAUUAUUGUCACUGCCGAUGCCGAUGGCUUUGCCAGUCCUCAUGUUCAGCAUUCAAAACAGACUUUAAGUUAGCAACGAGGUGAGGCUCGGCCUCAGUGGGUUUGAGCGGGAAGAGGUACUAGUAUGAGAUCACAAGGAAAGU